AUGUUGUGGAAACAGCCGCCUCUCAGGCAAUACAUCGCGAUCCUCCGAAGCUCGUCUACGAAACAACGCGCUUCGCUGCUCCUCGUCAUUCUGUUCGCCUUUCAACUACGGCAGCGAUUGGUGAAGUUCAAAGCGGCCGUAUUGACCACCGACCCGAAGCGAGCGCCUCCAAUUGAGGGCUUCGUCCCUGUUUCAGACCAGAUCUAUGUGCGAGAGCCCGAGCCAACAACCGAGGGAACGAUAGUACCAGCCGACCAUCCAAACGCUGUCGUGAUAUAUGGCUGGGGUGAUGGGUUACCAAGACAUCUGGUGAAAUAUGCAGAGGGCUUCCGAGAGCUUUUUCCGCAUGCAAAACAAGUUCUCGUGCUGUCGCCGAUCAACAAAGCAUUGCUCACCAAGAACGAGCGACGUGGCGAUGGGAUGAUGCCCGUAAUCGACGCCGUAUUCCCCGAGAAACCGAGCUCCGACUUCAAGAUCCUCUUGCACGUAAUGUCGAAUACGGGAGGGAUCAACUAUAUUGCUACUCUCGAUGCCUAUAAUCGACGGUACGGCGAGGCAAUGCCCAACCGACUUGUGUGCUUGGACUCAGCCCCUGGAAGCUCCGAUUUGACGAUCGAGAAUCUAGAAAGAUGGUCGAGAGCCAUGGCACUGCGGACGGCUAAAUUAUUUCCCUUGCCCUUUGUUGCGACACAGGUCUUGAUGUGCAUGAUGCUGGUCUUGAAUGGAUGUGUACAGCGAAUUUUGCUGCGGGAGAGCUCCGCAACAUGGGGCCUGAAAAUCGGACAAAGUGAAAAGUACGUGCGGAUGGACACGCGAUACCUGUAUCUGUACAGCAAGGAGGAUGACCUAGUCGGCUAUAAAGACGUUGAGAAGCAUGCUGCUGAAGCGCGGCAACGAGGGUGGCAGGCAGAGACUGAAAUGUUCAACGGCAGCCCGCAUGUUAUGCAUAUGCGGCAAUUCCCAGAUCAAUAUUGGAAUGCAAUUUCGACUUCUUGGGAUAAAGCUAUCAGAGUUAGAAAGAGCUGA